AUGUCCUCCCGAGCUCUCCCCCAAACACUCCGCUCCAUCACCGCCAUCAAGAUCGGCGAACUCUCAAAGCAGCGAGCCCUAUUCGACAAGCAACGCACUCGGAUCCUCCAAGCUGCUGGAAAAUCGCCCGAUCUCCGAUCCAGAGCCCAGGUCUUGCUCGAAGGCGUGACCAAGCUCAAGGGGUUUCCCAACGAUGCAUUCGACAAGGAAGACCUAGAUGUGGAUGAGUCCGACCACGAAGGCGACGUGAGUGAUGGGUCGGAACGUGCUGCGCACGUCAACGUCCGGCGAUUCCUGCUGCAGAGUCGCUACGAUCUGUCGGUCUCGGAUCGGAGUCUGAAAGAGUGGGUGGCUGAAUUGGAGAAUGAGAUUCGUUACCUGCAGUUGCAGCAUGAACAUGCCUCAUUCUACAGCAGUCUGGUCACGGAAUGGCUGGAAAGUCUGGAGGAGGACCCUACUGCGACAGCCGCGACGGAGGGAGAAGGCGAGACGGUGGGGCGGACGGAGAUGCACGAGCAACGCGAGACGUGGGAGAAUUACGUGUUCAAGGAGGCGGAUGUGAAUAAGGAUGCGAUCAAGGAGUAUCUGGAUCGGCUCUUCACUGAGACUGCGCUGUCGAAGCAGGCGUUGAAGGAGCUGCGGGAGAAGAUCAAGUCGUUUGGCACGGAGCUCGGGUCGAAGCGGACGUGGAUCACCGUCGACGAGCUGGAAUGGGUCAGUAAGGCGCUGCUGAAGUCGGACCUGCUGUCGAAGGAAAAGACGAAUAUACUAAAGGAGUUCAUGCGCAAUCCAGCGGUCGCGCAGGAAGUGGCGGACGUGCUGAACAUGCGUCUCGCUGCUUUGGAGAGUUGGAGCUGGCCAGCGGAGGGGAUUCCGGUCGAAAUGCGCCGCCAGCUGAAUGGUAAAUACCGGGUGUUCAUGGACGAGGAUAUUCUAGAUGCCCUCCUGUUCCAAUAUCUCGGUAUCAAAUGGGCGGUGACCUUUAAAUCCGCGUUCGAUACCUUCGUGAACACGCGCGCCUGGAAGGUACAGAGGCCUGACAUCCCUAAACGCGUGAAGAGGCAGCGCAGCCAAUACUUCCUCGACACGGGAAGAGGAUACCAGGGAUCUGGUAUCUACAGCGUGGAGGACUACCGACUGCGAACGUACAAAUCGAAUUACUUUAUGACCCAGCUGCCUUCGUCUGUGGAGGCAAACGUGCCGGAAUACGACGAUGGAGGUGACUCUGGAUCAACGUUCAGUACGGAGAGGGCCCCCAAGGAUGCUCUCGAGACGAAGCACUCUCUUCUGCAUCUCUUGGUCACAGAAUCCCUCAUCUACACCUCCCAGUAUGGGGAGUUUACGGCCCUCCGGUCGGACUUCAAGUACUUUGGGCCCUCUCUCCCGCACACCACGAUGCUGACCGUGCUGGAAUAUUUCGGAAUGCCCCAAAACUGGCUCAACUUCUUCCAGACCUUCCUUGAGUCUCCGUUGAAGUUCACCCAAGAUGGACCCGAGGCCGCUCCCCAGGUUCGCCGGCGUGGCAUUCCCAUGAGCCACACGCUUUCCGAUUGUUUUGGCGAAGCCGUGCUCUUCUGCAUGGACUACACAGUGAACAAGAAUACGGACGGUACAUACCUGUACCGGUUGCAUGACGACUUCUGGUUCUGGGGCCAUGAGAAGACCUGCGUCCAGGCAUGGAACGCCAUGACCGAGUUCACCCAGGUGAUGGGACUCGACUUCAAUGAGGAGAAGACCGGCACGGUGCGACUGGCCAAGAAAGACGAUCAAAAGCAACCCACCACGACCGACGACUUGCUCCCCGCGGGCGACAUCCGCUGGGGAUUCCUGAAGCUCGAUGCGCAGAAAAACCGAUUUGUCAUCGACCAGGAGCAGGUCGACAAUCACAUCGAGGAGCUGCGGCGCCAAAUAUCCGCCUGCCCCAGCAUCUUCGCCUGGGUACAGGCGUGGAAUAGCUACUUCGGGCGAUUCUUCGCCAACAACUUCGGCAAACCCGCUGUCUGCUUCGGACGCAACCACAUCGAUAUGGCCAUCUCCACGCUCAGUCGUAUCGAACGCUCUCUGUUUCCCAACAGCCCCAGCGGCGUCACCGACCACCUGCGCAAGAUGAUUGCCGAGCGGUUCGACAUCCACGACCUACCGGAAGGCUUCUUCUACUUCCCCGUCGAACUGGGUGGCUUGGAACUCCUGAACCCGUAUGUCCCACUGCUCGCCAUGCGCGAGGACAUCAAGCAGAGUCCGCUGGGCCGACUCCACAAGGCGCGCCUGGAAGACGAGAAAGACUACUACGCCGCCAAGGAAGCGUUCGACAAGUCGGGCGGCAGACGAGACAGCGACGAAGAAUCCGCCACCUUCAUGUCUCUCGACGAGUAUACCAAGUACGCCGAGAGCUUCAGCAUUCCUCUCCUGCAGGCGUACCGCGACCUCACUCGCAUCCCGAACGAGGUCGAAAUCAACCAGACUCCCAAGCUGCGCGCCAACCAGAUGUCCCUCGGCGGCGAGGAACCGGGUACGCGCAGCUCCAUCUCCGAGUAUUGGAACAACAUGUCGCCUUACUGGCGGUGGGUCGCGGAGCUGUACCAAGGAGAGAUGGUUCGGCGGUACGGGGGUCUGGCCGCCGUGAACCGCGAAUUCAUGCCGUUGGGAGUCAUCAAGACCCUCAAGGAGGGGAAGAUGAGAUGGCAGGGCUAG